CAGAGGACAAGCAGUCACUCCGCCAGGCCCACGCUGACCACGCUCAGGCCCUCCAGGAUGGUGUCCCACAAGGCCCUGGCGGCCCUGCUGCUGGUUCACGUUGCCGCUCUGCUGGCCUCCCAGACGGAAGCUUUCGUUCCCAUCUUCACCUACAGCGAGUUCCAGAAGAUGCAGGAAAAGGAGCGGAACAGGGAGCAAAAGAAAUCACUGGGCGAACAGCAGAGGCCUGAAGAGGUGGGUCCUCUGGACCCCGCGGAGCUCACGGAGGAGGAAGACAGCCAAGUUAUCAAGCUCACUGCUCCCGUGGAAAUUGGAAUGAGGAUGAACUCCAGGCAGCUGGGAGAGUACCCACAGUGGAAGGGCUGCUGCCCGCCCAGAGCGAACGAGCUGUUUUCUCCCACCAUCUCUCCUGUUGUGGAGCAGGCGGCUUGA